AUGUCGGGACGUGGCAAGGGCGGCAAGGGCCUCGGCAAGGGCGGCGCGAAGCGCCACCGCAAGAUUCUGCGCGACAACAUCCAGGGUAUCACCAAGCCCGCGAUCCGCCGCCUCGCUCGCCGUGGCGGUGUGAAGCGUAUCUCGGGCCUGAUCUACGACGAGACGCGUGGCGUGCUCAAGCUCUUCCUCGAGAGCGUCAUCCGCGACUCGGUGACCUACACCGAGCACGCGAAGCGCAAGACGGUCACUUCGCUCGACGUGAUCUACGCGCUGAAGCGCCAGGGACGCACGCUGUACGGUUUCGGCGCCUAG